CCCGUGUUUAUAGCUAUUAUCAUUCAUCUAAACCCAGUAAGCGGUGCACAAAUUUGUCUGUAAAGAUUCACUAAAAUUGAAAUAAAUAGUAAAUAUAACCCAGAAAUUUAAAGACAAAAUGAGUUCAAUCAUAAAAAUCUUAAAUAUUGAAUCUAUAGAACUUAAAUUCUAGAUCCACAUAGUGGCCUUAAUUAGAAGAUAAGCGGAGGGACAAUAGCUUGCAUUAAGGCAGUGCAAGACAAUUUUACAUAUUACAAGGGUCCUAUGAGAUCAACAAGAGAUUCUGUGUCCACUACCUUUCUUUACACCAAAAAUAAAAUAAAUGAACACAGUUCCAUCUGAACUUCCCAAAAGGGCUUGUGCUUAUCUUCAAAUAAUUAAAUGAUUUAGUAAAGUAAAAAGGCAUUUUAAUCAAUCAUGGAACUACUUUCUUCUUUGAAAACUCCAACUUUAUCCGUUCUUUCUACAUUAAGAAUUAUGGUUUGGACUCAGAGUUGGUUACUUGCACAAGCACAACUGCUUGCCCAACUCUCAAAUUACUUGCCCAGAUUUCGCAAAUGAGAAGUCCAAGAUGCCACUUCCUAAUACUUUUGAUUCAAUUUGUAUUCAUUAUAAGCAACCACUACAUAAUACCAAUAAGAUGUGAGGAAAAUAAAAAGAGUGGUGUAGAGAUGGAUGUGGGCAUAAUUCUUGAUCUGGAAACAGAUGUGGCAAAGGUAACGCACAUAUGUAUCGUACUAGCACUUGAAGAUUACCAUGCCACUGCUAGUCGCAGCGCCCUUAGGAUAGUCCCUCACUUGAGGGAUUCCAAGAAAGAUGAUGUUGAAGCAGCAUCCGCUGCCAUAUACUUGCUAAAGGAUGUCCAAGUACAUGCUAUCUAUGGGCCACAGAUGUCUACACAAACUGAUUUUGUGGCUGACUUGGGGAGAAGAGCAAAAGUCCCAAUCAUUUCUCCAGCAACAAGUCCUUUACUUUCAGUCAAGGAAAACCCGUUCUUCAUUAGAGGAGCACUUCCUUCUUCCAGUCAGACUAAGGCCAUUGCAGCAGUUGUUAAAAACUAUGAUUGGAGCGAGGUUGUAGUAAUUUAUGAGGAUAGCUCCUAUGGAACGGGGAUAGUUCCAUAUCUGACUGAUGCCUUGCAAGAAAUCAAUACUUUAAUCUCCUAUAGAAGUGUCAUUUCUCCUUCAGCCAAUGAUGAUCAAAUCCUCAAGGAGUUAUACAAUUUGAAUACAAAGCAGACCAGGGUGUUUGUAGUGCACUUGCAACCAUAUCUUGCCUCACGGCUUUUCCUCAAGGCCAAGGAAGCCGGGAUGAUGAGCAGUGGAUAUGCAUGGAUCAUCACAGAUGUGCUAACGAGUCUUCUAGCCUUGGUAGAUCAUUCAGUGAUUGAGUCAUCAAUGCAAGGUGUUCUGGGUAUAAAGCCUUAUGUUCCGAGAUCAAAUGAGCUUAACAAUUUCACGCAAAGAUGGAGUAGGAGAUUUCAUCAAGAGUAUCCAGAUAUGGACCCAGUUGAACUCAAUGUUCUCGGACUAUGGGCGUAUGAUGGCAUCACAGCAUUAGCCAAAGCAGUAGAGAAGGUGGGUGUCAGUGCCAUCCCAAAAUUCAAGAAAUCAGACACUAGAGAGAACUUAACGCAGUUAGAUGCGCUUGGAACCUCGGAAUUGGGAUCUUUACUCCUUCACUCUAUGCAAAACAUAAAACUAACAACAGGCCUAAGUGGUGAUUUCCACAUCGUUGGCGGAGAAUUGCAGCCAUCCCCAUAUGAGAUUGUGAAUAUAAUUGGGAAAGGAGAGAGAAGUGUUGGAUUCUGGACAGAGAAAGAUGGAAUUUCGUAUAAACUAAAGAUGAAUGGUAAAACAGCUAAGAGCAUUAAUGAGCAACUAGGGGCCAUCAUUUGGCCCGGUGAAUCUACGAUAGCUCCGAGAGGCUGGGAAAUACCCACAAGUGGAAAAAGUUUAAGGAUUGGAGUUCCUGUCAAUGUAUUGUUGGACGAAUUCAGUAAAGUGGAAAGAGAUUCAAAAACACAAACACUAGUUGCAACUGGUUUAUGUGUAGAUAUCUUUAUAGAAGUCAUCAAUUUUAUGCCGUACGCGGUCCCCUAUAGACUUAUUCCAUUUCAAAUACCAGAUAGGCCCACUUCUCAAGAUUACGAUGAUCUUGAUUACAAAGUCUCUUCUAAGGAAUAUGAUGCAGUUGUAGGUGAUGUGACCAAUUUAGCGAGCCGAUCCAAGUAUGUGGAUUUCACAUUACCUUUUACGGAGUCAGGUAUUUCUGCAGUUGUACCAGUAAAGGAUGAUGACAGGAAGAAUGCUUGGAUUUUCUUGAAACCUCUAAAGGGCGAGCUUUGGAUAACAACUGGAGCAUUUUUCAUCUUCAUUGGUUUUGUGGUUUGGGUACUCGAACAUCGUGCAAACGAAGAGUUUCGAGGACCCAAACACAAGCAAGUUGGGAUGAUAUUCUGGUUUUCCUUCUCAACUCUUGUUUUUGCUCAUAAAGAGAAGGUAACAAGUAACUUGACAAGAUUUGUGCUAAUUGUGUGGGUUUUCGUGGUCCUGGUGCUGACAUCAAGUUAUACAGCCAGCUUAACAUCUAUGUUGACAGUGCAACAGCUUCAACCUACUAUAAAAGACCUCAAUGAUCUCAUUAAGAAUGGAGAAUAUGUUGGGUAUCAAAAAGGUUCGUUUGUCAAAGCCUUCUUGAACCGCAUGAAAUUUGAUAGCUCUAAGUUAAGAAGUUAUAGCACAUUGGAAGAGUAUAAUGAUGCCCUCUCAAGAGGAAGUAAAAACGGAGGUGUUGGCGCAAUUAUUGAUGAACUACCUUAUCUCAGACUCUUCCUCAAGAAGUACUGCAAGAAGUACAUUAUGGUUGGUCCAACAUUCAAGACUGCUGGCUUUGGACUUGUAUUUCCAAAAGGCUCGCCUUUGGUACCUGACUUCUCAAGAGCAGUCUUGAAGGUGAAAGAGGGAGGAGAGUUUACGAAAAACGGAAUACAGAAAUACUCUGGGAAUGAAACAGAUUGUCCUCAGAAUGAUGGAACAUCUGAUAGCCUCAGAGUAGAUAGUUUUAAGGGUCUUUUCCUCAUAGCUGGUGUAUCAGCAGUUUCUGCUCUUCUCGUAUUCUUUCUCAUCUUCCUUUAUCAGAACAGAGGAAUCUUAGCGACUGAUGAUUCAAUAGGGCAAAAGCUUUCAGCAAUAGCAAAAGCCUUUAAUGAAGAGAAAGAUAACUCCAAUUCUAAAUCAGAAAAGCCAUCUGAACGCAAUGAAGAAAGCCAAAUGACUACAGUAGUGUUCACAGCAAGUGAAGGUUCCACUGAAGCAUUGCCCGAUCUUCCUUCGCAAAGCCCAGAAAUCAGAAUUUCCAACGGUCUAGGAGCAUCCCCUUCAGAUGAAGGGUUCUCUACAACGGAACCUACAACUUCAGUUCAUGAAAGCAUUAUAUAGAGACAUUUUAACUUUGUAACUCUUGGCCGGCAGUUCAGAACUAGAUUUGAUGAAUCUAACUUUGGAUGGUUGUUACCCAUUGUAUUGUACUCCCUAUGUCCCAAUUUACGUGGCAACUUUGUGAUCUAAAACAUUUAUGGACCAUUUGAUGGCUAUAAAUCAUUUUAUAGCAAUCAAACUUGGGGGUCUAUCAAACAACCUCCCUAUCUCACCUCUGGGGUAGUGGGAUAGACUGUCUACACUUACCCUCCCCAGACCCCACUUGUGUUGGAAUAUACUAGGGAUAGACUGUCUACACUUAUCCUCCCGAGACCCCACUUGUGUUGGAAUAUACUGGGUAUGUUGUUGUUGUUGAUGACUAUAGAUCAUCUUACUAAAAGGAUUAAAAUGGUGCUGUUUAUUUUUUGGGGACUGAUUAAAAAGGAAAAGGUGUCGUAUAAAUUGAGGGAAAGUACUGUAUUGUGUUGUUAAUUUAAAUGCAAUGUUUUGUUGAAUUUUA